CGGGCCCAAGACGAGAGAUAACAGUUUAUUUUUUUCGCCGCUUUCUCCCCACUAAACAAGAAGACAGCAGCAUUGGAUAUGGCGAAAGGAAGAAGCAGUGCGGUUGCCACUGCGCAGAGUGGCUCUGGCAGCGGGCUUGCUGAUGUGCUGGACAAGGUCAAUGCCGCCUUUGGCAGCACCGAAGAGCAGAGGGAGAAGACCAUGUCCCUCAUGAAGCUUGCCAUCCUCGUCCUCGCUUGCGCCAUGGCGUUUCUGUCUCGUCUGUUUGCGGUGAUUCGGUUCGAGAGCGUGAUCCACGAGUUUGACCCAUACUUCAACUACCGCACCACCCAGUACCUGGUCGAGGAGGGCUUCUCCAACUUCCACAACUGGUUUGACGACCGUGCGUGGUACCCGCUCGGACGCAUCGUCGGCGGCACCAUCUACCCUGGCCUCAUGGUCACCUCCACCAUCAUCUUCAAGGCCCUGCACUUUAUCCACGUCACCAUCGACAUUCGCGACGUGUGCGUGUUCCUCGCCCCUCUCUUCUCCGCAUUCACCACCCUCGUCACCUACCUCCUCACAAAGGAGCUCCGCAAUGAGCGGGCUGGCCUGGUCGCAGCGUGCAUGGUUGCCAUCGUCCCCGGCUACAUCUCGCGGUCCGUGGCGGGCUCGUACGAUAACGAGGGCAUUGCCAUCUUUUGCAUGCUCAACACGUACUACCUCUGGGUGAAGGCCGUCAAGACUGGCUCCCUCUUCUGGUCCUCCGCCGCAGCCCUCGCUUACUUCUACAUGGUGUCUUCGUGGGGCGGGUAUGUGUUCCUGAUCAACCUCAUCCCGCUGCACGUCCUCGUCCUCAUGAUCACCGGCCGCUUCAACCAGAGCGUCUACGUCGCAUACUCAACCCUGUAUGUGCUUGGGACGAUUCUGAGCAUGCAGAUUUCGUUUGUUGGCUUCCAGCCGCUUCAGACGUCCGAGCACAUGGGCGCAUUUGGAGUGUUUGGCCUGUGCCAGAUCUUUGCGUUUGUGCAGUGGCUGAAGAGCCGCCUGUCUGCGCAGGACUUUGCCACUCUCUCGCGGUUUGUGCUGUUUGUCGCCCUCGCCCUCGCCGCCGCUGGUGUCGGUGUUGCCACUGCGCUCGGCAAGAUCGCCCCCUGGACCGGCCGCUUCUAUGCGAUGCUUGACCCGACGUAUGCGAAGAACCACAUCCCAAUCAUUGCCUCCGUCUCGGAGCACCAGCCCACGACGUGGUCCUCGUACUACUUUGACCUGCAGUUUCUCGUCUUCCUCUUCCCGCUUGGCCUUUACUACUGCUUCAAGAACCUCACAAACGCCAACAUCUUCAUCAUCCUCUACGGCGUCACCAGCAUCUACUUCUCUGGGGUGAUGGUUCGCCUGAUGCUCGUGCUUGCGCCCGUGAUGUGUGUGCUGGGCGGCAUUGCUGUCUCGGGCAUUCUGACGGCGUACAUGGGCAACCUCACCACCACCAAGAAGACGUCCGCCAAGCAGCAGCAGAAGGACGACGCCUCCUUCCCGCUCAAGACGGAGGCGUCGGUUGGCGUGAUUGGCGCGAUGGCGCUGUUCCUGAUUCUGUUUUCGUUCCACUGCACGUGGGUGACGAGCGAGGCGUACUCGUCGCCGUCAAUCGUGCUCGCCGCCUCCCAGGGCGACGGCUCCCGGCGCAUCUUCGACGACUUUAGGGAGGCAUACUAUUGGCUCAGGAUGAACACCGACCACAACGCAAAGGUGAUGUCGUGGUGGGACUACGGCUACCAGAUUACGGCCAUGGCAGACCGGACGGUGAUCGUGGACAACAACACGUGGAACAACACGCACAUUUCGCGCGUUGGGCAAGCCAUGGCAUCCCCGGAAGACCACGCCUACGAGAUUAUGCGCGAGCUCGAUGUUGACUACGUUCUUGUCCUGUUUGGCGGUCUCACCGGAUUUGCUUCGGAUGAUAUCAACAAGUUUCUCUGGAUGGUCCGCAUUGGCGGCAGCACCCCGCCAGGCGCCCACAUCAAGGAAGCGGACUACUUCACGCCGUCUGGGGAGUUCCGCAUCGACUCGUCGGGUUCGCAGACCAUGCUCAAUUGCCUCAUGUACAAGAUGUGCUACUACCGCUUUGGCGAGGUCCACACGGAGCCAGGCAAGCCGAGCGGGUGGGAUCGCGUGCGGCAGGCGGAGAUUGGAAACAAGGACUUCCAGCUCGAUGUGCUGGAGGAAGCGUUCACCACAGAGCACUGGCUCGUGCGCAUCUACAAGGUGAAGGACCUGCCCAACCGCGGCGUGUGAUUGCUGCCUGAUGCAAUCGCCACAUGACGGUGGUUUACGCGCUAUGAACCAUCGUCUGCUGUUCCCCUCGCCCCCUCUCUCCACAGAUUUUUCUUUCAUUCUUUUGAAAAGAGAAUUGAGCGUGUGGCAGCGUUGUUGUUGUUGUUGUUGUUGUUGUU